UGGAAGGGAGGGGGAGGCUGGAGCUGAAGGGGGUUGGAUGUAGACUGUGGGAGUUGGGAACCCAGGGCCGUAGGGUGUGGUGUGGGGCAGUGGAGCACAGGGAUGUGGGGAGUAACCUGGGAAGCAGACCGACGGGACCAUGAGGCGGGCAGGCAGGAGCAUCUGAACUGGGCUGUGGGCCUGUGGGGGGGAGGGGCAGCAGCAAAGGCCGGGACCCUCCCCUGGCUCCCCCUUUCCCCUGUGGCAUCCGCACAGGAGGUGGCCCCAUACGUGGGGGGCUGGAGGCGCUGGCAGAGAUGGGACCCCUGCUGGGGGAGGACACUAGCCAGCAGGGGGCGGAGGUGGGGGCCGAGCCAGCAGGCUGGGGGGCUGCUGUGCAGUGGGGAGCUGAGGAGCCAGACGAUGCAGACCCCAUGCGAGUCCUCACGCUGCCGCUCCAGGCCCAGCAAGCCAUGGGGAGGAUGGAGGAGUUUGUCUUUAAGGUGUGGGAGGGGCGCUGGAGGGUCUUCCCCCACGACGUGCUGCCCGACUGGCUGAAGGACAAUGACUUCCUUCUCCACGGGCACCGCCCGCCCAUGCCUUCCUUCCGCGCCUGCUUCCGCAGCAUCUUCCGCCUGCACACGGAGACCGGCAACAUCUGGACACACCUCAUUGGUUCCCUCUUCUUCCUUGUCUUGGGCAUUGGCUACAUGUUCAGCCCAAACAUGAAUUACAGGGCCCCCGUCCAGGAGCGGGUUGUCUUCGGGACAUUUUUCCUGGGGGCCACCCUCUGCCUCUGCUUCUCCUGCCUCUUCCACACAGUGUACUGCCACUCGGAGAGAGUCUCCCGCACCUUCUCCAAGCUGGAUUACUCGGGCAUCACGCUGCUAAUCGUGGGCAGCUUCGUGCCCUGGCUGUAUUACUCCUUCUACUGCUCGCCUCAGCCCCAGCUCAUCUACCUCAUCAUCGUCUGCGUGCUGGGGGUCACGGCCAUCACGGUGUCCCAGUGGGAUCACUUCGCCACACCCCAGUACCGUGCCGUGCGGGCAGGCGUGUUUCUGGGUCUGGGGCUCAGCGGGCUGGUGCCCACCCUGCACUUCAUGCUGGCCGAGGGGCCUUUGCGGGCGGUGACGGCUGGGCAGAUGGGCUGGCUCUUACUCAUGGCGCUGCUCUACAUCCUGGGCGCGGUGGUAUACGCCGCCCGCGUGCCUGAGCGCUUCUUCCCCGGCAAGUGCGACAUCUGGUUCCACUCCCACCAGAUCUUCCACGUGCUGGUGUUGGCAGGCGCUGGCGUCCACCUCCACGGGGUCUCCCAGCUCCAGGCCUUCCGCUCCUCGCUGGGGGGCACCUGCACCAAGAGCACUGUGCUGUGACCCCUCCCCGACCCACCGGAUCCUGCCCCGGGGGGACCUGGCCCCAAGCGAUCAGAUCCCACCCCGGGGGGCGUGGCCCCAGGCGCGGAGCGACCAGAUCCCACCCCGGGGGGCGUGGCCCCAGGCGCGGAGCGACCAGAUCCCACCCCGGGGGGCGUGGCCCUGGGUGCUGAGCAACUAGAUCCACCCAGAGGACAUGGCCUCAGAUGCGAGUGGAGGAGUGCUGCCACGGGAGGCGUGGCCUCUGGCACCGACCAACCAAUCCCAGCCUCAACCAAUCAACCACGCCAGGGGAGGUUGCGGCCUUUAACACCAACUGACCAAUCGCAGCACUGGAUUCACGGUCUCACACGCCAACCAAGCCUGUCCUCAAGCAGCUGAUCACAUGACAGAAGGCGGGACCUCAGAUGACAACUGACCAAUUGGCCCACUAGGAGUGUGGCCUUGGACCCUGACAAACCAAUCCCACCAUGGAGUAGUGAGAUCAGAUCCUGACUGACCAAUUGCCCCAAAUGGGGCGUGACCUAAGACUCUGACCAACGAAUCACACCACAGGGGUGUGGCCUCAGACACCAGCCAACCACUGAUGCCAUGGAGUUGUAACGUCACACAGUAACCAACCAAUCGCACCACGGAGAUGUUACUGCGUUCACUAACUAACCAAUCGCAACAUGGGAGGCGUGGCCUAUGACACAGACUGACCGAUCCCACUUUGGGUGGGCCAAUCGAGCCAUGGGGGGCGUGGCUUUUCUUAAAGGGGACAUUACCUGGUCCCCGGUGCAUCGGGAGCGAUCCCAGACCUCAGGGUCCCUGUCCGAGGGCUCGGGG